UGCUAACACAGACUGAGAGCACAGGUUAAAUAUAGAGCAGACUCUCACUCCUGACUCAAAGACAGAGGCUGAACAUCCUGUGGCGAAAAGAAGAACUGAUUUUAUUUGAGCUGAAAGAAAGUCUGUCUAUCCUCACCUCUGCUCUGACACUGCUUCUCUCUCUCGCUCUCUCUCUCCUCAGUUUGAACCAUUACUCUGUCGUCCCGUGAGUUUACGGACCAAACUUGAAGAGGACGAAGCUUCACACUGCUCUGUUGUCUCUGUGUCUCCAGCCUUGGCUGAGGAAGAGGGAAGUUAAAAGAAAGGAGACGAAGACAUUUCAGACACAACAGUGAUGUGAGCGUUGUUGUCAGUGAAAGACCUGAGGAGUUUUGGGACUGGGCAGCUGUGACACCUGGGAAGAGCUGAGAGACCAGGUGAAACAAAAAUGCGAUCCAGGAACUGCACCGUGGACGGGCCGGAUGACGGACACAUCCAGUCCUCGAAAGGUUUCAUCAAGCAGGAGGAGGAAAACACACCAGAGCUGACAAAGAGGAAGAUGAGAGCCCAGCGAGAGGACAAGGACGGGAGGACGGGGGCUUCUGGGACAACAAGGAAACCUCAGAAACCUGCAGAGAGCAGGAAAACAGAACUGUCAAAGAAGGACCUGCUUCACCUGCUGGGAGUCAUGGAAGGAGAAGUUCAGGCCAGAGAGGACAUCAUCGGCCUGCUGAAGUCAGAGAGAACCAGGCCGGAGACUCUGGAGGCUCACUAUGGUUCAGCCGUCCCCGCCAAACCCCUGCAGGCCCUGCAGAGAGACGCACUGCUCACCCACAGCAACAGCACAGACGACGUGUACGAGAAGCCCAUGGCCGAGUUGGACCGUCUGGAGGACAAACAGAAGGAGACGUACAGACGGAUGCUGGAGCAGCUGCUGCUGGCUGAGAAAUGUCACCGCCGCACCGUCCUGGAGCUGGACAACGAAAAACGCAAACACGCCGACUUCAUGAACAAGAGCGACGACUUCACCAACCUGCUGGAGCAGGAGAGGGAGAGACUCAAACAGUUGCUGGAGCAGGAAAAGGCCUACCAGGCUCGUAAGGACAAGGACCACAGCAGGAGGCUGGAAAAGGUCAGAGCCGAGCUGGUGAAGCUCAAGUCCUUUGCCCUGAUGUUGGUAGAUGAGCGGCAGCUGCACCUCGAGCAGAUUGACCAGCAGAGCCAGAAAGUCCAGGAUCUCACUCAGAAGCUGCAGGAAAAAGAGCAGCGGCUGGUAGCUGUAACCAACACCGCCAAGGAGGACGGCCAGAAGGUCCUCAAGCUAGAGGCCGAGCUGGAGCACAGAGCAGCCAAGUUUGCACAGGAGCACGAGGAGAUGACCGCAAAGCUCGCCAACCAAGAGUCACAAAGCCGACAGCUGAGGCUGAAGCUGGUGGGACUUGCACACAAGAUUGAGGAGCUGGAGGAGAGCAACAAAGUGCUACAGAAAUCAGAGGAGGACCUGCAAGAGCUGAGGGAGAAGAUCAGCAAAGGGGAGUGUGGCAAUUCAUCUCUCAUGGCUGAGCUGGAGAACCUGCGGAAGAGAGUGCUGGAGAUGGAGGGCAAGGACGAGGAGAUCACCAAAACAGAGACUCAGUGCAGGGAGCUGAGGAAGAGGCUGCAGGAUGAGGAGAACCACAGCAAAGAGCUGAGGCUGGAGGUGGAUAAACUGCAGAAGAGAAUGGUUGAACUGGAGAAACUGGAAGGGGCUUUCAACAGGAGCAAGACAGAGUGCUCUCAGCUUCAUACAAACCUGGAAAAGGAGAAACGUGUUGUGAAGGAUCUGGCUGUUGAGUUGGAGACAGUGAAAACCCGGCUGAAAGAGCUGGAGUCGUCAGAGUCCAAGUUUGAAAAGGCAGAAAUGGUCCUCAAAGACGAUCUUGUGAAGCUGAAAUCCUUCACAGUCAUACUGGUGGAUGAAAGAAAAAACAUGGCAGAGAGACUUAAGCAGGAAGAACAGAAAAGUGAUGAAUUAAGUAAGAUGUUUAAGGCAGAGCAAGGCAAGGUCACAGAGGUCACAGAGAAGCUGAUUGAAGAGAGCAAAACACUUCUCAAAUUCAAAUCAGAGAUGGAGUUUAAGGUGACAGCUCUCACUCAAGAGAAAGAUGAGCUAAAAACCAAACUUGCAAGUGAAGAGGAAAAGUGCAGGGAGCUAAAUAACAAGCUAAGCAGUAUGAAAAUAAGAAUGGAUGGACUUGAGGAGACUGAGAGGGAAGUGCAGAGAAAGCGGGCCAACAGGGACAGUAACAAAAAUCCAGAUGAAGACAACAAAGUAAAAGAGCUCACGUUAGAAAUUGAAAGACUGAAGAGCAGGCUCAAACAACUCGAGGUGGUGGAGGGAGAUUUAAUGAAAACAGAGGACGAGUAUGAUCUACUCGAGAAGAAAUUCAGAACAGAGCAGGACAAAGCAAACGCCCUUUCUAAGCUGCUGGAAGAAAUGAAAAGUCAGAUUGCCAGAAACAAAGCAAUAGAAAAAGGUGAGGUCAUGAGUCCUGAGGCCGAGCUUAGAAUUCGCUGCAAGGUGGAGGAGGCUAAAACCAGAGAGCUGCAGGCGGACGUCCAGGCCCUGAAGGAGAAAAUCCAUGAACUGAUGAACAAGGAGGACCAGCUCUCCCAGCUGCAGGUGGAUUAUUCUGUGCUGCAGCAGAGAUUCAUGGAGGAGGAAGAGAAGAAGAAGAGCAUGAGUCAAAAUGUGGACAGCCUUACCAAGGAACUGGAAGCUACCAAGCGUUACAGUCGCGCAUUGAGGCCUAGCAUGAACGGUAGGAGGAUGGUUGAUGUCCCUGUUACCUCCACAGCGGUGCAGACAGAUGUGAUCGCCGGCGAACCUGCUGAGGAUGAUACGACAGCGGGCUUCAUUCGAAAAUCAGUCCUUGAGGAAAACCACUUGAUGAGCAACCUCAGACAAAGGGGUCUUAAAAAGCCAACGGUUCUUGAGCGAUACCCUCCAGCGUCUGCAGAACAGAGUAAAUCCUGGGCACCCUGGAUCAAAAAGAAAGAGGCCAUCACUCUCACUCAGACCACUCCCGAGAAGACCAACGGGGCGUCCUUGCACCCUCCAGAAAUGACCAUGUCCCAAAAGCCAGGUCAGCCACUACACAUCCGAGUGACCCCGGAUCACGAGACCAGCACCGCCACCUUGGAGAUCACCAGCCCUCGAGCUGAGGAUUUCUUCUCCAGCACCACCAUAAUCCCGACACUUGGACUGCAGAAACCUCGAAUAACAAUUGUCCCUAAGCCAACAACUGUGACCUCAAAGAGCAAUGCCUGUGAUAUGAUGGGAGGUUUUGAUCGAGCCAAAUCUCCGGUCACAAUAACCACCAUCACCAGGGCCAAGAGUCCGGAGAAGACCAACGGCAGCAGCUCUGGCAGCCUUCAGUCUCCAGUGUCCAUCAUCACAGUCAGCACUACUCCUGUGGCUGAAGCAUGUGCUUCACCUGAGCCUCAUGAAAUUUCCGCCAGCCGCACUGUGAUCAAAAUGACACCGGAGAAGCAACCUGGGCCUGCGCCUGUCAGGAAAUACAACACCAACAGCAACAUUAUCACAACAGAGGACAACAAGAUCCACAUCCACUUGGGUCCACAGUUUAAAAGACCUUCUGAAGGAUGCAGUAAUCCUGUGUUGACGCUCAGACCUCUUGGUAUGAGCUCAGAAAGUAAAGAAACACCAACAGGAACAGUGCUCCGCUGCCCACGCCAACCCUCAACGGGGAAGACGACUCCCGGCAAAAUGACAAGCAGCAUAACGAUCACACCCAUCACCUCAGCAGCCUCCAGGCCGACACAGUCAGUGCCCGGUUCGGAUGUGCAGUCAGCUCGGAGCGCGGCCACACGGAUCCCUGUGUCAAAAGGUAUGAAACCUACCAGCAAGGCGGUUCUGGGAGUGUCGACGGUGACGAGGUUAGAGUCGCGGGCAGAGAGCCAGUCGAUGAAAAUCGAGCUGAGGAAGCCGACGGUGUGCGGCUCUGCCUCUGCAGCAGGAGGCAAGAGCUGAGGGCUGAACACGCUGCCAUGGCAACGACUAAAUGUGAACAUCUCAUGAUUGAGUUUGUCACUGCUGCCAAAUCUGAGAUACAGGCCACAUCAGCAUUCAUGCACAACUGGGACUCUGUGUGUGUGAUGCUGCCUUUCACAACAGCUUAGCUUUCCAAACAGUGUUUUAUAUCAUUCAGACCUUCAGUUUGCAACUGCACAUGUUUUCAGGAAAGAGUUUAAGUAAUUUAAAGGGCUGGUUUUUAAGGUUUUAUGUUUAUGCACCUCUCUUUGCAUGUGAAAGCUCAAUUUUGAUUAACUGCAUCAUGGUGAUCCUUGGCAGUAGGUGUAGACUUUUAAUCUCAUCAUUCAUAUUUUUCAUAGCAUGUGUUUAUUUCACCACAACUUAUGGAGGUUUCCAGUCACUGGAGCACUGUGAAUUGUUUGAGGAGUAUGAAUUGCCAUCAUUUGUGACAGGCGCCAUAAUAAAAACUAUUUAUCUCUGAACCCAUCAUGGCUUUGCUUUGCUUUGUAGCCUUCAUUCUCUGUGUGUGGAUGUUUGGGCUUUGUGUGACUUUAAAAGGUGUGAGUGUCAACCAGGAAACCUCCAUAAUAUUAACUCAUGUAGCUAAACGAAACACCGCUGGGCAGCCAUGAAGCUCAUGUGUGAGAACAGUAGUAUAUCUUAGAAAAACACCAAGUACAGUGUUUGACACUGGGUUCUCACAUUAAACUAUAAGUCUUGUUCACUGAAGACAUUUUGCAUAAGUGACACAACUAUUUUGUAAAGAGAGUAGGAAAGAAGAUGAAUGGGAGGAUAAAGAGACAGGAGUUGGACUCGGUCCAGGUUUAUAUAAAAAUCUAAUUUCUUCAAAAAGGACAAGUCAGACACAUUGAUCCUCACAUCAGCUGCAUGAUAAUGUUCAGCUUUCCUGCAGACAUCUUUACGUAUUUCUGUGGUUGCAAAGCAUAUUACUGUCCAUCAUAUUUGAUCUUUUCAGUAUUGCAUAAGAGACACAGUCUAGCUCCCUCUCAUGGACAAGAACAAAAACACAGAAUGACCAUGUCAAGAAGAAACUGAGAAGACCAGAGACCCAAAGUAAAUGAUUCUGUGGCCUUAAUCAGCUUCUAAUAACCAAACAACCAAGAGAAUGAGGGGGAGGGAAACAGGGAGGUGAGAGAGCACAUUAAACAAUGACCGAGAGAUGGUUUGGUAAUCGAGUCUGGAACAAGCAUCUGGAGAACCGGAGGGUAAACAUGAGGACGGUGUCCAGUGCUGAUUCAUAACAAGCUGAGUGUUUUUGUUUCAGCUGCAGCCUGUUGGCCAUGACUCCCACGAGGCUGCUGUGCCGAGGAUUCGGUGGAUCAAAUGUUUCUUCCUGGGAACAACAUCAGAGGCUGAACAGGAUUAUUAAAAUCACAUCUGAGCCUGGUCAUGCCAUGUCCUCCUCCUCUGAGAAAACUCUUUAGAAACUAGGUGUAGGACAAAGAUGCCUCUGCUGCAGUAAAGCUGCAUUUCAAAUUCUGCUUUUGUUGCCUGAGGAAAGAUUUAAAGAAUUCCCAGCUCUGAGCAGGGCUGGUUAAUACACAGUACAUCAGUCACUAUCAAUAUUACUGACUUUUACUGCUGGGAAAAGAAAUGACAGCUCUUCAAUGAGGCCGUGACACCAGGGUCUGGCACUGGCACCUGUUCAUGAGUUGGACCAACGCGUCACAUCGGCCUCCUGGUUUUAAAUCCACGUCAGAAGAAUUUUUGACAGCGUGAUUUCAGGACUGCAAUAACACGCUGCUGCUCAUAAAGUUGGAAUAAAAUAUAUUUUGCCUCUUCUUAUGAAAUGAUUGUGACAAUGUGAUUUAUUCUCGAUAGAUAAAGUAUAUAUCUUCUCCAAACUUUAUUGAUCAAUCAAUAAAGUCGUCAACAAACUGGUGGCAAACAUUAAGUCCAAUAUCAGCGCUAUGCAUCACCCAACUCAAACUCUGAGCCUCUGAAAUCUGUUAAAAAUCUUUGCAUAUGAAUUCAAAACAUGUUCCUGAAAAACGUUCUUUGUUCCAGAAAUCCAGUUUUCUU